ACUUGUACCUGUUUUUCCACGGACUUCCUCUUCCCAAAAUAGUUCACUCAGAGGAGAGCCUGGAAGAUUUUCGGAAGUUUAAAGUUCAAAACGACGACAUCUUUGUUAUUUCAUACCCCAAGUCCGGUGAGUAGGAGAUUAUAGCCUCGCUCUGCCCUCCUUUUUCUCAAUGUGAAUGUUGUAACGUUGCUUAACCCUCUCGUUUCCAAAGAGGCGAUUCUGCUUUUACCCCUCCUCUGGGCGCCUUCGGUGCCGCUGAAUGACACGUUACCGAGACGUUAGUAUUACACAGAGGAAGUUGCCCACGGGUUCCCAGACCACCUUUAUAUUCCCUCGAGCGGACGUUGCUUUUUACCCGCUGGAGAAGUUUCGAGGACAGUCAGGUCUUUUACUGAGCAUCUAGGUUUGACGCCCCAGCACUAGAACCUCACUGCUUUUUCAUGGAGGAUAAGAAAUACCUCAUAUACCACGGGCUGAAGUGCCCUAAGGAAAACCACACCCUCGAGAGCUUAAAAUAUUUUGAGAACUUCCAAAUCGAUGUUCUAGAUCUCUUCUGCAUCUCUUAUCCAAAAUCUGGUACAACAUGGAUGCAAGAAAUUAUUCCCUUGCUUCUCAAUGGCGGGGACCUUACUCCAGUGGAGAGCAUCCCAAACUGGGAGAGGGUGCCUUGGCUCGAGGAGACACGGGCUGUCCUGUUCUUGGACAAGCUGAGUGCGCCAAGGACCAUGGUCUCCCACAUGCCCUACCCUCUGAUGCCUCCUACCUUCUCGUCCUCUAAGGCAAAGGCCAUUUAUAUUGCAAGGAACCCGAAAGAUGUAUUGGUGUCUUCCUUUUAUUUCCACCAAAUGGCCAGUUUUCUGGAUGAUCCUGGAACAUUUGAAGAAUUUAUGGACAAGUUCCUCGCAGGGCAGGUUCUUUUUGGAAAGUGGACUGACCAUGUGAAGAGCUGGAGAAACACAGAUCUAGGAGACCGGAUUUUCUACAUCACUUAUGAGGAGCUGAUUCAGGAUCUUCGUGGGGCUUUGGAGCGCAUGUUAAGAUUUCUCGGCCGGCAGAUGAGCGAAGAAGCUCUGGAUCGCGUCACUGAACACUGUCUGUUCAAAAACAUGAAAAAAAACAACAUGUCCAACUAUUCGCUGGUGCCACAGGAAGUCAUGGACAGCAGCAAAUCACAUUUCCUCAGAAAAGGAAUUGCUGGGGAUUGGAAGAAUCACUUCAGCCCAGAGUUGGAGGACAAAUUCAAUGCGGUCAUUCAGAAAGAAUUGGAGGGGAGUGGAAUUAAUUUCCCCUGGGAUUAGCGAUAAAAAAAUGAGUAAACUGUUGAGUUAUCAUAAAUUACCGUAUUCCUGAUCAUAUUAAAGAGUUAUGGUUUGUCUUGAUUGCUCAGACACAAAUCUUCUUUGGUACUUUCAGAGGUCUCCUGUUACAAACUUAUUUCUGUGCUUUAACUGAUUUUUUAUAGAUUUUUUAAUGUUUUGAAACAAUUAAUACAGGGCAGACGGUAAUUACAAUUGAUUUACAUAAUGAAUGACUUAACUGAAAUGUUGUGUAAAGAUGAUUUAGAAAUUUCUAUGCAAAAGUUUUGCUCUCCUAACUAACUAAGUUAACAGAUCCUCUACAGAGAACACACUUGUGCUUGUUUUAGUGCACAAUUGCUGUUUCUUUGCUGAAUAUAACAUAUUGGAAAAAAGAGCAUUACAUUUGAAUUGUGCAAAGGUUUUGACACAUUUAUAUUAUAUAGUGUUUAUUUUUUUCCAAGAUGUUUCACUUAGCAAAUACGUAGAAAUUAUGCUUUAAAAUAAAAUAGCGACAAUUAAGUUUGUUUGUUAAAUUUGUAUUAACUUAUUUUCACCUAGAAAAUCAACAAAAGAUGUCAUUUGGCUGGAGGUCAAUGCAGCGACGCAAUAAAAGUACAACUGCAUUUUAUUAAAUUUUUUUCAAAAAUAAAAAAACAAAACAAUGAA